UUACUGAAACAUGGCGUUUGGCACAAUGACGUCUUUGCUUGGCAUGAUCCCGCUUCUGGCGAUCGGAAUGAAUUUCUAUCGCUAUCAAAGCGUAGAUCCCGAGAACAAGGUCCAGGAGCCAACCGUCAUACGUCGUCAGUAUGAUUUCGUGGUGAUUGGCGGCGGAUCCGCUGGAGCUGUGGUGGCGAAUCGCCUGAGUGAGGUGCGCAACUGGACCGUUCUGCUACUCGAAGCCGGCGGCGAUGAAACGGAGAUCUCGGACGUGCCAGCACUGGCGGGCUAUCUUCAGCUAACGGAGUUGGACUGGAAGUACCAGACUACGCCUUCAUCCACCCGCCAGUAUUGUCAGGCGAUGAAGGGCGAUCGCUGCUUUUGGCCCAGAGGAAAAGUCCUGGGCGGAAGUUCUGUUUUAAAUGCUAUGGUCUAUGUUCGUGGCUCCAAGAACGACUACAAUCAUUGGGCAUCGUUGGGUAAUCCGGGUUGGGACUACGACAGCAUGCUCAAGUACUUCCUGAAAUCGGAAGAUGUACGAAAUCCCUAUUUGGCCAAGACGCCAUACCAUGAAACAGGUGGAUACCUGACGGUUCAGGAGGCUCCAUGGCGUACACCACUCUCGAUAGCCUUCCUCCAAGCAGGCAUGGAGAUGGGCUAUGAGAACCGGGACAUUAAUGGAGCCCAACAGACUGGCUUUAUGCUUACGCAGAGCACGAUUCGCCGCGGUGCUAGAUGCUCCACAGGCAAGGCCUUCAUCCGCCCAGUGCGACAGCGUAAGAAUUUCGAUGUCCUGCUCCAUGCGGAGGCCACCAGGAUCCUGUUCGAUAAGCAGAAGCGAGCCAUUGGCGUGGAGUACACGAGGGGUGGCCGCAAGAAUGUGGUUUUCGUAAGAAGAGAAGUGAUUGCGAGUGCUGGAGCUCUGAAUACUCCUAAAUUACUGAUGCUUUCCGGAGUCGGUCCCGCUGAGCAUCUGCAGGAGCACAAUAUCCCUGUUAUUUCGGAUCUCCCAGUGGGCAACAAUAUGCAGGAUCAUGUGGGUCUGGGUGGACUCACCUUCGUGGUGGAUGCUCCGCUGACCGUCACCCGCAAUCGUUUCCAAACCAUUCCAGUUUCUAUGGAAUAUAUACUAAGAGAACGUGGUCCGAUGACAUUCUCGGGCGUGGAAGGUGUUGCCUUUCUGAACACCAAGUACCAAGAUCCCUCGGUAGACUGGCCCGAUGUCCAAUUUCAUUUUUGUCCCAGUUCCAUUAACUCCGAUGGUGGCGAGCAGAUAAGGAAGAUACUGAAUCUGCGAGAUGGUUUCUACAACACCGUGUACAAACCACUGCAGCACAGUGAAACCUGGUCGAUACUGCCCCUGUUGCUGAGACCCAAGAGCACGGGAUGGGUGCGCCUGAAUUCACGGAAUCCGCAACAUCAGCCCAAGAUCAUACCAAACUACUUUGCCCACCAGGAGGACAUCGAUGUGCUGGUCGAGGGCAUCAAGUUGGCUAUCAAUGUCUCGAAUACCCAGGCAUUUCAGCGUUUCGGCUCCAGAUUGCAUAAUAUACCGCUGCCAGGCUGCAGACAUUUGCCAUUCCAGUCGAAUGAGUACUGGGCCUGUUGCAUCAAGGAGUUUACGUUCACCAUCUAUCAUCCCGCCGGCACAUGUCGCAUGGGACCCAGCUGGGAUGUUACGGCCGUGGUUGAUCCCAGAUUACGGGUCUACGGGGUAUCCGGAGUUCGAGUGGUGGACGCCAGCAUUAUGCCGACGAUCGUGAAUGGGAAUCCAAAUGCUCCGGUCAUCGCGAUUGGCGAAAAGGCCUCCGAUUUGAUCAAAGAAGAUUGGGGCGCCAGGCGGGCGCACACUUCCACUUAGUUAAGAAGUUCUCUAUCGCUAAUUUAUGUUUCAACUAGUCAAAUGUGGAUUAACUGAUGUAAUAUUAUCGCUAUGUGUUUUUGUUUUAUCAAAUUCCUCGUUUUGUUCACCGUUAAAUUUAUGCUUAGUUAUUUGGAUAAGUUUAGUGUACAAAGUCCCACAAAACUGUUUUUUUUAUU